CGCCGUCGUUUGGUGACGACCACGUUUUUGUAUUACCCCUUUCGGUGCGUGUGCCCCCUCCGAAAAGCGCAAGAGCCGCCUCCUGCCCUGGACCUCCGUUUUCUCUCUAACUAACGUUGAUUAUAAUCCCAUCCCUUCCCUAAUCCGGAAGCGUGGAAAUCUAGACACCUUCCUUCGGCUUGUACAUCUUGAAAUCCGGUGAAUUUCUAUUCUAGUAGCAUUAAGUCAAACAUGAUCAUCAGUGGGAACUUGAUCGAGCGAACCUACUACGAAAUCCUUGGUUUGAAAGAAGAUGCAACCUAUGAACAGAUCCGGUCAAGCUAUCGCUCUUCCAUCCUUAGUUCUCAUCCUGAUAAACUGCUAAAGGAACGUGAAAAACUGAAUCCUGAGCACAAGUCUGGUGACAGAUUCAUGGAGUUACAGCGAGCUUGGGAAACCCUCAGCAACCCAAGGUCUCGUGCCAUUUAUGACAGUGAACUGCAUACUUUGAGGCAGGAUGCAGUGACUUCUGAAGAUGUUAGCUUGGAGGAUCUUACAGUUGAAGAAGCUGAUGAUAGUUUAGAGCUUUCUUAUAGUUGCAGGUGUGGUGAUUACUUUGUAAUUGAUUCUUCAGAGUUGACAGAGAUUGGCUAUCCAUUGUCAAGAAACGGGAAUACAAUCACUUUACACACAACAAAAUCUUCGCAAGCAUCUAUUAUUCUUCCCUGUGGAUCUUGCUCUCUUAAAAUCCGUUUGUUGAUCAAUUCAGAUGUUAAGCUUCACAUUGAUGGUCAUUCAUGAGUAGUGAAUUUCGUUAUGUUAUUCCUUUCACUAAGGAAUGCAGUUUUGCCUUCUGAUUGAAAGUAGGUCACUUUGAAAGGUU